CCUUCCCUGGGUGAGUUCACUCACUUCCUGCUCAGGGAUCAGCAGCCACAAAGACCCAGGCUGGGGAGACUGGAAGGAUUAGUGGUCCAGGCAGGGCCCGGGGCAGGACGAUGGCCAGUAGGGGCAGCGACCUCAGCACCAGGAUGUCUGCAGAAGAAGAGAACAUAGAAAACAAACGUAUCAAUGACAUUGCACUCAUAUACUUCAAAAAAUAUAAGGUGGAGAUUUCAGACGCAAUAAAAACAACAUUUCCUUUCCUUGAACUUCUCCGUGACCAUCAAUUCAUCACCAAUGAAAUGUAUGAAAAUUCUCAAGAAUCUUUUAGAAAACGGUUUUCUGUACAUGAAGUCAUAUAUGAUGUUCUCAGUGAACUGGAGAAGAAAUUUGACAUGUCUCUUCUGGGAGCACUGUUCAGCAAGACCAUCAUGAAGAAUUACCCCAAUUUAUUUCGAAUUUAUAAAAUAUUCUACAAAGCCAUACCAGACAUAGAAUUCCUCCUAGAAAGUGAUGGAGAAGAAAAUGAGGAGAGGCCUAAUGAUCAACUAAGCCUGGAACAAGGAACUGGUGGUAGUUCAUAUCAAAGACUGAUGUGGUUAGGCCCAGAUGCCUGGAAUUACAAUGAUACAGCCCCACCUGAACGUGGACCCUUAGAGCACCGCCAUGACACACAAGAGAUAAAUGCAACUGAAACAGAUACAACCAGUGACAAUGAGGAUGCACUAAAAAGCCAACAAGCAAAUGAACAAUGUGCCCAAGAGUCAAAGACAGCAGGAGCAGAGCUACUCCACCAUGGAAACAAAACCAGUUCCUGCUCUAUAAACACAGUGCAUAUAAAGGAGGAAAAGCCAUGUUUAAAUUCAGGAGUUAAAUGUGAAGCCCAAGCAAGGACUGACUGUAACCAGGCGUCUGACGUAAUAGUGAUCGACAGUCAGGACUUUGCAGAAUUUACUGAUGGAGAUGGACUCCCUGAAGCUUCCUCCACAGCACUGAAAAGGGAGCCAGAUGCAGAGCUACUUCACCAGGGAAAUCAAAUCAACUCCUGCUCUAUAAACCCAGUGGAUAUAAAGGAGGAAAAGUCAUGUUUAAAUACAGGAGUUGAAUGUGAAGCCCAAGCAAGGACUGACUGUAACGAGGCCUCUGACGUAAUAGUGAUCGACAGUCAGGACUUUGCAGAAUUAACUGAUGGAGAUGGACCACCUGAAACUUCCACCACAGCAUUGAAAAGGGAGCCAGAGUCCGUGGAUUUCAGAAAAUCACCUACACGUGGACAAAUACUUUGCAAAACAGGAGCAGAGCUACUCCACCAAGGAAACCAAAACAACUCCUGCUCUGUACACACAGUGGAUAUAAAGAAGGAAAAACCAUUUUUACAUUCAGGAGUUGAAUGUGAAGCCCAAGCAAGGACUGACUGUAAUGAGGCCUCUGACGUAAUAGUGAUCGACAGUCAGGACUUUGCAGAAUUAACUGAUGGAGAUGGACCACCUGAAACUUCCACCACAGCAUUGAAAAGGGAGCCAGAGUCCAUGGAUUUCAGAAAUUCACCUACAUCUGGACAAAUACUUUGCACAACGGGGAGAAGUUUUGAAGAGUCUUCAGGAUUCAGUCCAGAAAAGAAGCCUCUAGUAACCUGUAGCUCUGCAGUUAGAAACCCUGAAGUGUUUUCAGGAUUCAGUGCACAGGCUAAGCCCCCAGGACCCUGUAGCUCUGCAGGCAGAAACACUGAAGAGUCUUCAGGAUUCAGUGCACAGACUAAGCCUCCAGGACCCUGUAGCUCUGCAGGCAGAAACACUGAAGAGUCUUCAGGAUUCAGUGCACAGACUAAGCCUCCAGGACCCUGUAGCUCUGCAGAGAGAAACCCUGAAGUGUCUUCUGGAUUCAGUGCACAGAGUAAGCCCCCAGGAUCCUGUAGCUCUGCAGUGAGAAAUCCUGAAGUGUCUUCAGGAUUCAGUGCACAGACUAAGCCCCCAGGACCCUGUAGCUCUGCAGUGAGAAACCCUGAAGUGUCUUUAGGAUUCAGUGCCCAGAGUAAACCCCCAGGACCCUGUAGCUCUGCAGAGAGAAACCCUGAAGUGUCUUCAGGAUUCAGUGCACAGAGUAAACCCCCAGGACCCUGUAACUCUGCAGUGAGAAACCCUGAAGUGUCUUUAGGAUUCAGUGCCCAGAGUAAACCCCCAGGACCCUGUAGCUCUGCAGAGAGAAACCCUGAAGUGUCUUCAGGAUUCAGUGCACAGAGUAAACCCCCAGGACCCUGUAACUCUGCAGUGAGAAACCCUGAAGUGUCUUUAGGAUUCAGUGCCCAGAGUAAACCCCCAGGACCCUGUAGCUCUGCAGAGAGAAACCCUGAAGUGUCUUCAGGAUUCAGUGCACAGAGUAAACCCCCAGGACCCUGUAACUCUGCAGUGAGAAACCCUGAAGUGUCUUUAGGAUUCAGUGCCCAGAGUAAACCCCCAGGACCCUGUAGCUCUGCAGAGAGAAACCCUGAAGUGUCUUCAGGAUUCAGUGCACAGAGUAAACCCCCAGGACCCUGUAACUCUGCAGUGAGAAACCCUGAAGUGUCUUUAGGAUUCAGUGCCCAGAGUAAACCCCCAGGACCCUGUAGCUCUGCAGAGAGAAACCCUGAAGUGUCUUCAGGAUUCAGUGCACAGAGUAAACCCCCAGGACCCUGUAACUCUGCAGUGAGAAACCCUGAAGUGUCUUUAGGAUUCAGUGCCCAGAGUAAACCCCCAGGACCCUGUAGCUCUGCAGAGAGAAACCCUGAAGUGUCUUCAGGAUUCAGUGCACAGAGUAAACCCCCAGGACCCUGUAACUCUGCAGUGAGAAACCCUGAAGUGUCUUUAGGAUUCAGUGCCCAGAGUAAACCCCCAGGACCCUGUAGCUCUGCAGAGAGAAACCCUGAAGUGUCUUCAGGAUUCAGUGCACAGAGUAAACCCCCAGGACCCUGUAACUCUGCAGUGAGAAACCCUGAAGUGUCUUUAGGAUUCAGUGCCCAGAGUAAACCCCCAGGACCCUGUAGCUCUGCAGAGAGAAACCCUGAAGUGUCUUCAGGAUUCAGUGCACAGAGUAAACCCCCAGGACCCUGUAACUCUGCAGUGAGAAACCCUGAAGUGUCUUUAGGAUUCAGUGCCCAGAGUAAACCCCCAGGACCCUGUAGCUCUGCAGAGAGAAACCCUGAAGUGUCUUCAGGAUUCAGUGCACAGAGUAAACCCCCAGGACCCUGUAACUCUGCAGUGAGAAACCCUGAAGUGUCUUUAGGAUUCAGUGCCCAGAGUAAACCCCCAGGACCCUGUAGCUCUGCAGAGAGAAACCCUGAAGUGUCUUCAGGAUUCAGUGCACAGAGUAAACCCCCAGGACCCUGUAACUCUGCAGUGAGAAACCCUGAAGUGUCUUUAGGAUUCAGUGCCCAGAGUAAACCCCCAGGACCCUGUAGCUCUGCAGAGAGAAACCCUGAAGUGUCUUCAGGAUUCAGUGCACAGAGUAAACCCCCAGGACCCUGUAACUCUGCAGUGAGAAACCCUGAAGUGUCUUUAGGAUUCAGUGCCCAGAGUAAACCCCCAGGACCCUGUAGCUCUGCAGAGAGAAACCCUGAAGUGUCUUCAGGAUUCAGUGCACAGAGUAAACCCCCAGGACCCUGUAACUCUGCAGUGAGAAACCCUGAAGUGUCUUUAGGAUUCAGUGCCCAGAGUAAACCCCCAGGACCCUGUAGCUCUGCAGAGAGAAACCCUGAAGUGUCUUCAGGAUUCAGUGCACAGAGUAAACCCCCAGGACCCUGUAACUCUGCAGUGAGAAACCCUGAAGUGUCUUUAGGAUUCAGUGCCCAGAGUAAACCCCCAGGACCCUGUAGCUCUGCAGAGAGAAACCCUGAAGUGUCUUCAGGAUUCAGUGCACAGAGUAAACCCCCAGGACCCUGUAACUCUGCAGUGAGAAACCCUGAAGUGUCUUUAGGAUUCAGUGCCCAGAGUAAACCCCCAGGACCCUGUAGCUCUGCAGAGAGAAACCCUGAAGUGUCUUCAGGAUUCAGUGCACAGAGUAAACCCCCAGGACCCUGUAACUCUGCAGUGAGAAACCCUGAAGUGUCUUUAGGAUUCAGUGCCCAGAGUAAACCCCCAGGACCCUGUAGCUCUGCAGAGAGAAACCCUGAAGUGUCUUCAGGAUUCAGUGCACAGAGUAAACCCCCAGGACCCUGUAACUCUGCAGUGAGAAACCCUGAAGUGUCUUUAGGAUUCAGUGCCCAGAGUAAACCCCCAGGACCCUGUAGCUCUGCAGAGAGAAACCCUGAAGUGUCUUCAGGAUUCAGUGCACAGAGUAAACCCCCAGGACCCUGUAACUCUGCAGUGAGAAACCCUGAAGUGUCUUUAGGAUUCAGUGCCCAGAGUAAACCCCCAGGACCCUGUAGCUCUGCAGAGAGAAACCCUGAAGUGUCUUCAGGAUUCAGUGCACAGAGUAAACCCCCAGGACCCUGUAACUCUGCAGUGAGAAACCCUGAAGUGUCUUUAGGAUUCAGUGCCCAGAGUAAACCCCCAGGACCCUGUAGCUCUGCAGAGAGAAACCCUGAAGUGUCUUCAGGAUUCAGUGCACAGAGUAAACCCCCAGGACCCUGUAACUCUGCAGUGAGAAACCCUGAAGUGUCUUUAGGAUUCAGUGCCCAGAGUAAACCCCCAGGACCCUGUAGCUCUGCAGAGAGAAACCCUGAAGUGUCUUCAGGAUUCAGUGCACAGAGUAAACCCCCAGGACCCUGUAACUCUGCAGUGAGAAACCCUGAAGUGUCUUCUGGAUUCAGUGCACAGAAUAAGCCUCCAGGACCCUGUAGCUCUGUAGUCAGAAACCCUGAGUUGUCUUCCGGAUUCAGUGCACAGUGUAAGGCCCCAGGACCCUGUAGCUCUGCAGUGAGAAACCCUGAAGUGUCUUCUGGAUUCAGUGCACAGAAUAAGCCCACGGGACCCUGUAGCUCUGCAGUGAGAAACCCUAAAGUGUUUUCAGGAUUCAGUGCACAGGCUAAGCCCCCGGGACCCUGUAGCUCUGCAGUGAGAAGUUCUGAAGUGUCUUCGGGAUUUGCUGCACAGAAUAAACUCCCAGGAUCCUGUAGCUCUGCAGUGAGAAGUCUUGAAGGUUCUUCAGGAUUCGCCGCACAGAAUAAGCCCCCGGGAGCCUGUAGCUCUGCACUGAGAAUUGGUCCUGAUGCGAACGGUACAAGAAAGCACAAAGAAGAAAAUGUGAAUUUUCACUCUGAAAUAAUACCAGUGACCUGUAAGGAGCUAGAAGGCAUGUUAUAUAUUAAGAAGUUCGAACAAGGAACCAAAAGAAAGUGUAUAAGAAGCCAGGAUGGAAAUUGGUUCAACCCUAUGGAAUUUGAAGAGAAAGCGGGCUAUGGAACCUCACACAGUCGUUGGAAGACCCGUGUGCUCAGCAAUGGGUAUACCUUACAACUGCUGAUGAAGAAGGGACUACUACCUACACCUCCAGCAGAACGUGGAAGGUCAAAAAAGCUGAGAAGUUCAGAAGUAUGUAAGAUCUGCUGCCGUGAAGGAAAUCUCUUCUGCUGUAUUACUUGUUUGAGCUUCUUUCAUGGGGACUGUCACCUCCCACCUGUGGAAACUGAGAGGAGCCCGUGGAGUUGCACCUUGUGCAGGGUGAAGGAGUGUUCAAGAAGUCAGCAGUCUGCCAGGGAAUCUGAGGUCCUGGCGAGGCCGAUGGGGCCUGAGUCGCAGCUGAAAUGUGAGUUCCUCCUCUUGAUGCUCUAUUGCCAUUCAGAGAGCAAUGGUUUUCCGAAUAUUCAACGUGAUAACUAUAGAAUAGAAAAUUUUCAAUGCAUGGCUGAUUUUUUGGUGCUGGAUGAAAUCAAGAAGAGGCUAAGUGAGCGGCGUUACCUCAAUGUGAUGGGGUUUAUGCAGGACAUGCGCCGCAUCUUUUGGGUACACAGGGCGUCUAAAAAGUGCAAUAACUUUUGCUGGGGAAUUAGACAGGAGGAGCAAUUUGAGCUGAAUUUCAAGCAAGUGUUUGCUGUUCAGGAAACAGAACAAGAACAUACAACAAAAUUAAAUUAGAAAACAAAAUUAGAAGUUCAAUAAAGAAGAAGAAACUAUGUCACAUACGACGGAGCCCCCACAAGACUAUCAGAAAAUUACUCAACAGACAUUUUGCAGAUCAAGAGAGAGUGGAUGAUAUAUUGAAAAUAUUGAAAGAAAAUAAUUGUUAAGGAAGACUAGUACUCAGCAAAGCUGUCCUAUAGAAUUAAAGGAGAAAUAGACCCAUCAAAGGGAACUUGAGAAAGUUCAUUACCACUAGAACUGCUUUAUAAGAAGCGCUAAAGGAUGUUUUUCAAGCUAAAAUAAAAGGAAAGUAAUUAACAUUGCAAAAACAUGACCUGAACUCUCAACUAUACACAGUUGGGUGCCCUUUCUUACUUUGUUACAGGCACUGGGAAUUUAGAGCAGGUAAGAGGCAGAGGGAAGGUUGUGGCCCAAAUCCCUUGGGAAGAGAUGGCUGCCUAGACAUGUCCUGAAACAAAAUACCAGAUUCAAAAACCACAACUCAACCUCCUUCUUUAACAAAGAAAAAUAUACUUUUCAGCUUUUUGGCAACAACUUUUAUAUCUCAUAUGUAUAAAUGGUUUUUAAGUAUUAACUCUAACUGAAAUUCUAAAAUAAACCAUGUAUUUUC